AUGGGAGAUUUCGGCUGGGCCUUUUCUGCCGACAAGUCCCCGGCCCCGGCGCCCAGCUUCAUAAGUGGCGUGAAGGAGGCGUUCGGCGUCAGCCCCUGUGCUCUGGGGCUCUCGAGUGCCGCCCACGCCUGCCUUGGCGCCCAGGACAUGUGGGGAGCUCCUGUGCCCCUCGGGCUGUCCGUGACGGCAGCUGUCCUGGCCUUCGUGCUGGGCGCGCUGCUGGUGCUGGCGGCGCAGGCGGUGUGCUGCUCUUGCUACGUGACGUGCCGGCUGGUGCUGGCGGGCGCCUUCGCGCUCAGACAGUCGAUCGACAAGAUGCGCGCGGCUCCGAGAAGGCGAAGGUCAUUGUUGGGGCUGAAGCCAGGGGGCGUGGUCUUCGUCAACUACGGGGUGGACGGGAAACCGUGGCAUGAGCGCCUGAUCCUCGCAGUCGUGGACCACUGCUGUUACAUCAUCAUGACCCCAGAUGGGGACAUCUACGCGGAGACCAUCAGCCUGGAGUUCCUCCAGGACUUCAGAGAGGGGGGCCCCCGAGGGGGGCUUCCCCCUGGGCUGGGCGCGGCGCGCGGCCAGCCCGUGCACCGCUUCACGGCGAAACCCGUCGGGCAGGAGCUGCAGGACUUGCUCGAGGAGGGCCGCGCCAAGGCGGCCGAGGAGAGGCGCAUGAUGGGCAUUCUGGAGGACGAGCCG